AUGCUGCUGAUGGCAGUCCUGCUGCUCCUCUCCCCGCUGGCUGUCAGAAGCGGGGGGUCUGUGUGCCACCCAUACGGGACCAGAGAAGUGUCUCAGUUUUCUAAGGAGGGAGACGUCAACAUCGGAGGCAUUUUCUCCUUCCAUCAGAACCCCGUCAGUGUCAACCCGUCUCUCCAGGUCAACCCAGGGAGCAUCCAGUGUGAGGGACUCGACCCGGGUGAGCUUCAGUACGCUUACACCAUGAUGUUCGCCAUAGAGGAGAUAAACAACAGCACCGAGCUGCUGCCGGGAGUCACGCUGGGCUACCGGAUCUUCGACGCCUGUCCCAGCAUCCCUCUGUCUGUCAGGGCUUCUCUCAACCUGAUGAAUGCGUACGGGGAGGAGGAGCAGGAAGAGGAGGAGGAGGGCAGCUGCAGCCGGCGCUCCGCCGUGCAGGCUGUCAUAGGGGAAACCACCUCCACCUCCACCAUAGGUAUAGCACGCACCGUGGGGCCCUUCCAUAUACCCGUGAUCAGUCAUUCAGCCACCUGUGCAUGUCUGAGCAACAGGCGAGAAUACCCCUCUUUCUUCAGGACCAUCCCCAGUGACCUGUACCAGAGCAGAGCCCUGGCAAAGCUGGUGAAGCACUUUGGCUGGACCUGGGUGGGGGCCAUCCGGACAAACAGCGAUUACGGCAACGGCGGCAUGGCCACCUUCCUGAAGGCAGCCGAAAAAGAAGGCGUGUGUGUUGAGUACUCGGUCGCCAUUUACAGGACUGACCCCAGGAAAUGGUUCCUGGAGGUGGUGGACGUCAUCAAAAAGUCCACUUCGAAGGUCAUAGUCGCCUUCGCCGACGGCACCGACCUCGACAUUCUCAUCAAAGAGCUGCACCGACAGAAUGUCACGGGGCUCCAGUGGGUGGGCAGCGAGGGCUGGAUCACCUACCGCUACAUCGCCUCCCCGACCAGCUACGGUGUGGUCCAGGGGGCGGUGGGCUUCGCCGCCCUCAACGCUCACAUCCCCGGGCUGCAGGAGUUCUUGGCUAACAGCAGGCCCUCCACUCGACCGGGGGACCGGGGACUGGCGGAGUUGUGGGAGAACGUGUUUGGCUGCGCCCUGACUCCCCGGGCAGACGUCCAGGCCGGAGACUCAGCUCCACGCUGCACGGGGGAGGAGUCUCUGUGGGACAUGCACACACGCUUCACCGACGUUUCCGACGCCAGCCUGCUGAAUAAUGUUUACAAGGCCACCUAUGCCGUGGCCCACGCACUGCACCUGUUGCUCACCUGCCAAGGUGGACAGGGGCCUUUCGAGAACAACACCUGUGCAGAUAGGCACGACAUCCAACCAUGGCAGGUGCUGCACUACCUGACCCGGGUAAAUUUCACCACCAAGAUCGGUGAAAGUGUGUUCUUCAAUGAGAUGGGUGACCCAGUGGCUCGCUACGCUCUGGUGAACUGGCAAGCUGAUGAAACAGGCUACAUACUCUUUAAGACCAUAGGUUACUAUGACGCCUCGCGGCCCGAAGGACAGCAGUUCAAGAUGAAGGCAGGUGUGAGGGCCAUCUGGGCCGGGCAGCAGCCAGAGGUGCCCGUAUCAGUUUGCAGUGACAGCUGCCUGCCAGGGACCCGCCGGGCUUUUGUUAAGGGGAAGCCCAUCUGCUGUUUUGACUGCAUUGCCUGCGCCGACGGGGAGUUCAGCAACAGCACAAAUGCGGUAAAAUGUGAGAAAUGCCCCUCUGAGUACAAGUCCAGCGAGGAGAGGAAUAACUGUGUGUUGAAAGCGAUAGAGUUCCUCACUUUCAGAGAACUGAUGGGCAUGCUGUUGGUGACGUUUUCCGUGUUUGGAGCCUGCCUGGCAAUGACGAUAGCCCAUAUAUUUUUCCAGUACAGGCAGACGCCUAUUGUUAGAGCCAAUAACUCUGAGCUGAGCUUCCUGCUGCUCUUCUCUCUGACGCUGUGCUUCCUUUGCUCUCUGACCUUCAUCGGCCGGCCCUCCGAGUGGUCCUGCAUGCUGAGACACACGGCGUUCGGCAUCACCUUCGUCCUCUGUAUCUCCUGUGUGCUGGCGAAGACCAUAGUGGUGUUGAUGGCCUUCAGGGCCACAAUGCCAGGUAGUGAUGUCAUGAAAUGGUUCGGCCCCGCCCAGCAGAGGCUCAGCGUCAUGGCUUUCACUCUCGUCCAGGUCGUGAUUUGCAUCCUGUGGCUGACAAUCAACCCUCCGUUCCCCAACAGGAACAUGGAGUACUAUAAAGACAAGAUCAUAUUGGAAUGUGCAUUGGGAUCAGCUGUAGGGUUCUGGGCCGUGUUGGGGUACAUAGGUCUCUUAGCAUUGUUAUGUUUUAUUUUAGCCUUUCUGGCUCGUAAGCUGCCCGAUAACUUCAACGAAGCAAAGUUCGUCACCUUCAGCAUGUUGAUAUUCUGCGCCGUGUGGAUCGCCUUUAUCCCGGCGUACGUCAGCUCCCCCGGGAAGUUCACCGUCGCUGUGGAGAUAUUUGCCAUCCUGGCUUCAAGUUAUGGGAUGCUGUUUUGUAUUUUCCUGCCGAAGUGCUACAUUAUUUUACUGAAACCGGAAAAAAACACAAAGAAACGGCUGAUGAGUAAAAUGGCCUCAAAAGGGCUUUGA